UCUGGAUUGAGAACAGAGAAGGACGCACGCACAAUGGCGCCGCGGAAACACCAACGGAAGAAUAAUAAUGCGUGGAGGCUACCGGCGGACCUCCUGCUGGAGAUCAUCGCCUGCUCCGACCCCGGCACCCUCGUGCGAUGCGCCGCCACCUGCAAACCCCUCCGCCGUGAUAUCCUCCACCCCUCCUUCAUCCGCCGUAUCUCACAACCGGGAGGCAUCGUGCCUCCGCACCACCUUCUUGCCUACCUCCACACUUGUCCGAUGCGCAACAAGAGCCGCCACCAAGGACCUCUGCUUUCUCCGGUACACCCAGCCACGACCGCGGUCUCGUCCUUCAUCGACGAAGACCUCGCUCCCUACCUGCUACGCCGCGACAUCAGCCUCCUUCGCCGGUAUAACCCGGUGACGUCGCGCGGCGGCCUGGUUGUCCUCCGCCGCCGCCGCGACAUCAGGAAGGUCGAGCGGCCCUCCGAGUUCAAUCCUGACAUCUGCGUGUACAACCCCGUGACCGGCGACCGGACUUACCUCUCUGACCCGCCGCGCCUCAGCAAACAUUGUUAUCUCAUGAAGUGGGUUCUUCUCACCGCUGCAGAUGGCAUCGGGUGUUCCUUCAUGCUGUUGGUCGCCGACGUCCGCCUCUACAACAAAAGCAUUACACUUCAGAUUGCGGAAUCAUCAGAAGCGGGUGGCACAAGUUGGGGGCCACUUAUUAUUAAUCGCCCCAAUCGCGUCUCAUCUGGGUGGAUCCAAGACGACCGCGAGGCCGUUGUUCUUCACGGUGGCAUCAUCAACUGGCUACUCUCACAUGUCAACAAAAUCCUCACAUAUGAUAUCCACGCCGAGAGGUUGAGAACGACCAAGACUCCCCCCACCCAGGGUAAACAUACCCAACGAAUUCUAGGCACGUCGUCAGAUGGGUGGCUGCGACUAGUCAUUGCUGAAGGAUUUAUGAUAACCACAUGGCUUAGCCUCUCGUCUGGUUGGACCCGAGAGUCGGUGAUUGACACGGAGCACAAGCUGCAGUCACUGCAUCCAUAUAUUUCUCCUCCAACAUGUAUGGAGAUUGAGUUCGAGCGCUCAGGAGAGACGAGUGGCGUAGUGCUGCUGCGGGCAUGUCGUCAUGGCCAACAUCGCUGUCUUGGCCCGCUCAUUCUCCUUGACCUCGAGACAAAGGAGAUGCGGAGGCAAAACUCUUAUCCUUCCUUGUUGUUCGAGCUCGACCUGUUACAACUGUUACAAAAGAUGAAACCUUUUCUGUAAAUCGAUGGUUUGAUCAGAGUGCAUAACUGCAUAUACUACAUUUUCUGUAAGGUGCGUGUCUACCAGAUGAUUGUAUUUUC